UAAUUAUCGUCCCUGGUGCACUGCUCCCUCCUGCGUGAUGUGAGGCCUUAGGGAAUCCCGUGGACUUGGGAUGGCAGCACAAGGCUUUGCAUGGACUGUAGUGCUGAUUUUCUGCAGCCCGAAACUCUUGGGAAUGGUUUCCAUGGAGACUGGAUUGUCGUUGGAGGUGUCUGGCCGGGUGAAGCGUGGCUGGGUGUGGAAUCAGUUCUUUGUGGUAGAAGAAUAUACAGGAACAGAGCCACUCUACGUGGGGAAGAUUCACUCAGACUCGGAUGAAGGCGACGGUUCCAUUAAGUACACUAUUUCAGGGGAGGGGGCAGGCUCCAUCUUUAUCAUAGAUGAAUUUACAGGUGACAUACAUGCCACAGAACGCUUGGACAGAGAGCAUAAGACAUUCUACACUCUGCGUGCACAGGCUCGAGACCGUCACACAGACAGACUGCUGGAACCUGAGUCUGAAUUCAUAAUCAAAGUGCAAGACAUCAAUGACAGUGAACCACGAUUUCUGCAGGCGCCAUACAUUGGGAGUGUCCCUGAGCUGUCACCUGUAGGCACAUCUGUCAUGGUGGUGUCAGCGUGGGAUGCCGAUGACCCAGCUUAUGGAAGCAGUGCAAGAGUUGUAUAUAGCGUCGUAGAGGGAGAAAAACACUUUACUGUGGACAGCAAAACAGGUGUUAUCCGUACAGCGGUGUCAGAUCUUGACCGUGAGUCUGAGGAUCGCUACGACCUUGUAAUCCAAGCCACAGACAUGGCAGGGCAGUUGGGAGGCCUGUCUGGUUCCACCACGGUUACAAUUGUGAUUACAGAUGUUAACGACAACCCGCCUAGAUUCCCUCAAAAACUGUACCAAUUUAGUGUUUUGGAGUCAGCGCCUCCAGGCUCUAUAAUUGGAAGGGUGAAAGCAGAAGAUGCAGAUGUUGGUGAGAACACAGACAUGUUCUAUCAGAUUCAGCAGCAAGAUUCGAAAGCCAUAUUCAGCGUAACCACAGAUGUCGUCACACAGGAGGCUGUGCUAAGUAUACUACAGUCCCUAGAUUUUGAGACACAGAAGGAGCAUUCGCUGGUGCUAGAAGCUCAAAAUCGCUUUGUGGACCCUCGCUUCACUGACCUGGGCACUUUCCGGGAUCAGGCUAUUGUAAAGGUGUCUGUCCUGGAUGUUGAUGAACCCCCCAGAUUUGAGCCUCUGGAUGGGGUGAUAGAAGUGUCAGAAGAUGCCCACAUUGGGUCUGUAAUUGGCGCGGUUACAGCUGUUGACCCCGAUAAAGCCAAUAACCCUAUAAGAUAUUCAUUGAAUGGAAGCUUAGAUGAAGACAUUUUUGAUAUUGACAAUGAAUCUGGUGAAAUUAGGAUCGCAAAAGCACUGGACCGGGAGACCUCGGGGUGGCACAAUCUGACGGUGCAGGCAAGGGAAGCAGGUGAUCCGCUAAAAAUGACAGUUCUGCCUUUACGGAUUAGGAUACUGGAUGUGAAUGAUAAUCCCCCUGAACUUGCUACACCUCAUGAAUCUUCAGUGUGUGAGGAUGCUCUACCUGGGCAGCUGAUUCAGACUAUCAGCGUGGUGGAUCGAGAUGAGCCAAUGGGGGGACAUCGAUUCUACUUCCGGCUCGCACCCGAGUCCAGCGCGGAACAUCACUUCACUCUGCUCAAUGUCAAGGAUAAUACUGCUUCGGUGCAUACACAUCGGAUGCCAUUUGACAGACGGGAGCAGGAUAUGUUUUUAAUUCCAAUUCUUGUGGUGGAUGGUGGGACGCCAGCAUUGAGCAGCACAGGAACUCUUACUAUCCGAGUGUGUGGUUGUGACAGUUCUGGGACUGUUCAGUCUUGUAACACUACUGCCUAUGUGAUGGCUGGGAGCCUCAGUCCUGGCGCACUUAUUGCCCUGUUGGUGUGUGUUCUGAUCCUGGUGGUGCUUAUCCUGCUUAUCUUGGCUCUGAAACGGCACCAUCAGGGCCACUUGACAUCAGAUGAGGAUGAAGACAUGAGGGAUAAUGUCAUCAAGUACAAUGAUGAAGGAGGUGGAGAGCAGGACACUGAGGCCUAUGACAUGUCUGCCUUGCGCAGCUUGUAUAACUUUAGUGAAGGGAGUGAGGCUGGAGGAGAAAGCACGCUUGCUUCUCAGCGUCAUUCGCUGCCCCAGUGGCUCCCUGGAGCCGAUCUGGACUUUUCACUCUUCAGGGAUUAUAUCAGUCGGAAGGUGAGGCUCGCAGAUCAGGACUCUACUGUGCCUCCAUAUGACUCCUUCCAGACUUAUGUCUUUGAGGGAUCGGGCUCCAGUGCGGCCUCCCUGAGUUCAAUAAGCAGCUGGUCUACAGGCUCAGAACAAGACUUCUCACAGCUGGGCUCCUGGGGCCCCAGAUUCCGCCAAUUGGCUGCUCUAUACGCUGGACAUAGGGGACAAGAAGAAAGCCAGGGGUCCUAGCCCCUCCAGUGUCCCCCUUUAACAAGCUACCAGGACAAGAUCUUAUGCUUUCAAGAAAGGGGCAGAACUGCUCCAUAUUUAUUACUUACCAAUAUGUAAUUCCUACAACAUGUUCCACUUUUCAUACGUAAUGUCUUUGAUACACAACGUGUUCUGUCAUUACUUAUCUCGUAACAUUACUACAGAUCUUUCCUAUACACCAAUCAUAUACCUCUCAUUUCUUAUACUGUAAAAUGUAAAGCGCCGAGUGCAUCUGUUUACGCAAAAAAAAAAAUAUACAUACAUAUGUUCCAUUUACUAAUAAAUCUGUCAAUCAUCGUUUCAUUUUUACCUCCAAUAAGUCACAACGCUCUUGUUUACACAGUCCUCUCAUGCACACAUCUGUACAUUACACAUGGAACCAUGAUUAUACAAGUUCUACUCAUUCUAGAAGAGAAGUCCCAGCCUUCAGUCUAACAGGGUAGCCCCGUGGGAUUGGUGCUCAAUCCUUAUGAGGAGAAAUCUGCUGUAUUACCUGCCUCUGGCAGUGUAAAUAAUACCAACUUUUCAAAAUAUCAGCUUUUGGACCAGAGGACCAUCCCAUCAACAUUGUCUGUGCAAUGCAUUUUUAAAAGACCCACAAUGCACUGCAGCAGCUGCCGGCGACAAUGUCGUUAAUUCAUCGUGAUUCCUCAAAGGGCAGAAUAAAAGUUUCUUCUACUAAAA